GAUGUCCUUGGAUCGCCAUGAGACAGAACAUUCUGAAGAUCCUGCCUAUCCUCUGUUGCACGGUGCAUUUGUACACUGGACAAUUAAUUCGUGACGCGCGAUGCUUCCUGGAAAACGGUGCCACCGCCGCGCAUCUCUUUGUCAGCGAAGAUUUGCCGGUCGGUGACACCGUGGGUGUCCUGGGUGUGUUGGGUGAUCCUGGACCGCAAGGUGACGUCGAGCUCAGGCUCCAGGAACACGACAGCCCUGUAGCAUUUUCAGCUUACUCCAAAAACUUGACUCUGGUCAGACCUCUCGACAAAGAGGGCAUCGAUGGACCCGCCAGCGUCUACGUGAAUGUAAUCUGCGAAAGGAAGCACACGUUAGAUCCGGGCUUUGUGAUACCAGUUAAUAUUCGCGUGACAGACGCAAAUGACAAUGCACCUCAAUUCGUGAACGCUCCCUAUGUGCUUAAUAUUUCUGAGGUCACGGUAGUUGGUACGAGAGUUCUCCAAGGGGUACGAGCCGUAGAUGCUGAUCAACCGGGCCCUUUUUCUACUGUACAGUAUGCCGUUUUACCAGGGCCACAUUCCGACUUUUUUGUGUUCGUGAACGCUUUGGAAGGUACUCUAGUGCUGAGGAAACCACUGGAUUAUGAAACUCUUUCCAAUUUUUCCGUGGACAUUCGCGCACAGGAUCAAGGGAAUCCUCCAAAAUCUUCAACGACCACACUCUACGUGAACGUCAUCGACGCGGAUGACCAGAAUCCAGCUUUUGAAACUGACCAAUAUAAAAUUAUCAUACCUAGGAAUAUAAAAACGAGGAGAAUACUAAAGGUUGAUCCAACUCCAAUAAAAGCUGCGGAUCAAGAUGUGGGUAUCAGUGCUCCAGUUAAGUACACGAUUCAGGGUGGGAUCUUGCCGUUCCUUACACUGAAUCCUGAAACAGCUGAGGUCGCCAUAACGCGACCAUUGUAUGAACAUGAAUUAUUAUCUCCGGCAACAAUUGUUGUUAAGGCUACACAAAUAGACAAUCCAGACAAAUACGCUCUUUCUACGAUAAUUGUUUCUCGGGAAAGCGAUUGGAAUGUAGAACCUACUGCUGGUGGAAGAUUACCUGUGAAGUUUAUAAAACGGGAUCAUCAAACAAACAUUCCAGAGAAUACUCCACCAGGAAGUGUUUUAUUAACAACAGCAGUGAACAAAGUGGAUUCUAAUUUAAGGUUUUGGCUAGUAGGGGCUAUAGAAGACCUUGAAAGGUUCUCGAUCACCAAUUCCGGUGAACUGAUCUUGAAAGGCACCUUAGAUUAUGAGAGAAGGAUCCAGCACAGUUUCCUGGUUCGUGUCACCGAUGGCCAUCAUAACGAUACUUCACGGGUGAACGUCUCCGUGGAGGAUGUAAAUGAAUGGGAACCCAGGUUUCGUCAUCCCAGGUAUGAAUUUCACGCUGCAACCUUGAGAGAGGGAUCCAUUGUCGGAAAACUGGAAGCAGCUGAUGGAGACAGGGACGAUAAAGUCAGUCUGUCGCUCAGAGGACCUGAUGCCAGGUCUUUCGAAAUACGAGAGAAUGGAGAACUGAUCCUUAGAACAGCAGCGACUAUCAAUGGUUCCUUGGCUCGAUUGGUGGCUGUUGCCUCUGAUUCGGGUCGUCCUCCCAGAUCUAGUAUGAUCCCAGUGAUUGUACAUAUACCAAAUAGUGGCUCCUUGCCAAUCGCUGCCAGAGCUGCCCCUGCUUGGUUAGGCAGCAGUGUUCUUCUGGUAGCUGUUUUUGGUGCAGUCUUGGGUCUUCUUGGGGUUAUUAUACUUAUCUUGAUUCUGUACAUAUACAAACACAAAAGGCCAAAGACCAGUGGGUCAGUGAGUUCGGUAGGGACUGGUUACCGUGAAAAAUCACCUGUUCCUUCGGCCCUCAGCCCGACUCCUCAAGUUCUCGGAGCGAACAUGCUCCAGGACGCUCUGGAGAUACCUCGAAGAGGAAAUCGUAACGAGAGCGUUCAUAGCAUCGACGAACACGACGAAGAAGCUGACGGAGGUGACGAUCCAGAGGAUGAGAAUCACGUCGACCAGGAAAUCGUUGACGAUAGCAACCACGGUGACGUUCAGGGGUUGAAUGACAGCAACGACGUGGAGAACCCAGUGUUUGGGGCGAGGAACUACAAUGCCACCAUUAAAAGUUUAACCUCAGCCAGACAGAUGCCUCUCUACACGAGACACAAAGUUGCUCCAGCUCCUACCCCUCCGGGAUUAUCGGCAACCUCUAACAUUCCAAAUAUUGGCGGUCUUGUACAAAAUAUGAACGAUCUGAGCGCAAAAACAAACGCGAACACUGCUUCAAGAGAAUCUUCCAGUUACUCCGUCGAUCUUCCGGAUUCUUUGGUACCUGCCUGGCCUGCUUGUUCCGUUUCGCAAAGGGUGAAAAAGUUAUCCUGGGACGACGACGACAGGACAGUGGACAGCGUUGAAGUGGCAGCAGAGACAAAGUGCAGGAACAGCCAAAUCGGAAACGAACGACUCAAUCUCACCGUCUACUUUUAAUCAUGUGUAAAACUGAAAGACUGAUAAUCAUGAUUGUUCAAUGUUACUGCCUGUGAAAGGUCACUUCGAUAGGCGGUUGUUACAUCAUUGCCAGAUACUGACCAAAUUUAUGUUAAACACGGAUGUACAUACAAAGUAUAUAGCUGAUUAU